AUGAUUGCUAGGAGAUCAACAGUCUCUUUCAAUGGAACUCUACAUACUAUUAGUCCUAAGGGAAUAUCCUUUGUUGACUUUUGUCAGAUUGAUAGCGCUACCAACUCCAACAUUGUUGCCUCUUUCAACAGUUCACUCUACUUUGAGAACACCAUAUUCAACAUGAAGGGUUCAGUAGUAGUACGUGACUUUGCCAAAGUAAUAUUCUCUGGCCUUAUCCUUCCAGUUAGAAGAUUGACAAUCAAACUCUACGAUCAUUCCACAAUCCACUAUCGCUUCAAGUCUCCAUGGGAUUCCAUGCCCUCCAAGUUAGCCGCAGACCUUAACGAUGGCAUCCCAUCCGACACUCCAGCUGCCAAUGAACCAAUAUCCUUUGAACUGAAUGGUAACUCCAACUUUCAAGUUGAGGGACAUACACUUAAGGAUGUUAGCAUUGUUAAUACUGCCAAUGGAUCAAUUACAAUGAAGAGUGUAGAGUUGGUCAACAGUACUAUAUCAAGUACGACUCCAAUCAAGACUUCAAACAAUGUUCAUCUAAAUGGUGCCUCCAUCGUUGGUCACAUAAAUAAUGAUGGUAGUCUAUCCGGUGUUGGUCAGAUCUCUGGAACUGUUUCCAACAAUGGUAACAUUGGUUCAGUGUCACAAGUCACCAAGCUGACAAUCAAUGGAAAGGUCAUGUCAUCACCAGAUAGUACAAUCAACAUGGUCAUCAAUCCAGAUGAGGCCUCACAUAUUACUAUCACUGAUUCAUGGGAUGCCCAGGGUACUAUUCAAGUCAGAGUCAAUGGUAAUGUCACUGGUGAUGCCGAGGGAAAGGAGUUUACAUUGUUCAGUGUGGGACAGAACAGUCCUGGACUGGGCUCUGCAAAGGUCAGUGUUGUGUUUGACAGUGAUAAGCCAAGUAAUCGCUACACCAUCCAUCAAUCAAGUGAUGGACUUCAGCUAUCUAUGAGAGUAUACCAAAAUGAUCAAGUAAUGAUGUCACCCAUGUACCUUGGUAUUGCAAUCGCCGGUGCCUCAGUCCUUGUUUUAUCCAUUGCUGGUGUCUCCAUCUACUUGAUCAAGAGACGUAGGAAUAGAGCUGUCUCCUCCGACAUCGUACUAGUUGUUCCUCCAUCAGCGGUUGCCAUCAAUGUUGUUGAGGAGGUAUCAUCUGUCAACACGCCUUGA